ACAGGUGGCACGACGCCCCUCGUACAAGUUACUUGCGUUCGCGUAUCCCAUCCUUUUGUUUAUAACACUUGUUUUGCACCUUACUUUUAUAAGUUUCAAGGAACCCACUUAAAUAUCAUAAUUAUAAUAUAAAAAAAAACUUUUUAAAAUGUUAACUUAAAAGUGUUGUGAAAGUGUACUGAGAAUACCGGCUUCACUGUCCGCAAGUACAAUUUGAAUGCAAAAUUGUCAUAAACUAUGUUAACUAUCCUCACAUGGAUAGAAGUGUGAAACGGAGUUGAGUUUUUGUUCUCAGUUUAACGGGUGCUGACAAGCCGGCAAGAUGAUGGAAUGCCUCUGUCCCGCGCCGCGCACGCUUGCUUGUCGCGUGGUGCUCCUCGACGAAAGAGAACUGUUGCAUGAGAUGCAGGAUAACAGUACGGGCCAAGCUUUGCUAGACGUUGUAUUCAGGCACCUAGAUCUUCUAGAGACGGCUUACUUUGGUCUGCGCUACGUGGAUCAAGAUAACCAGACGCACUGGCUCGACGCUGGAAAACGAUUACGGAGGCAGCUCCGCGGCUCUGAUACACACACAUUCUACUUCGGAGUUAAAUUUUAUGCAUCAGACCCAUGCAAAUUAUUAGAAGAAAUAACCAGGUACCAGUUAUUUCUACAGUUAAAACAAGAUGUCUUGCGUGGUCGGCUACCGGUCAACUUUGACCUUGCUGCGGAGCUUGCCGCUUACGUGUUACAAUCGGAGCUGGGCGACUAUGAUCACCGGAGACAUUUGCCGGGUUACGUAUCAGAGUUCAGAUUACUCGCGCAUCAAUCCCCAGAACUUGAAGCAAGAGCCGCAGAAAUACACCGAACACUUACGGGUAUAUCACCAGCCCAAGCGGAACUUAGUUAUUUAGAUAAAGUGAAAUGGCUCGACAUGUACGGUGUAGAUCUACAUCCUGUUUUGGGCGAAGACAGCGUAGAAUAUUUCUUGGGACUAGCGCCAAGUGGCCUGUUGCUUUUACGCGGAAAACAUACUGUCGCUACCUAUUAUUGGCCGCGUGUCUCGAAGCUGUAUUAUAAGGGACGAUAUUUUAUGAUUCGCGUAGCUGAUAAAAAUAAUGACACAUCUACUUACGGUUUUGAGUCUCCGACCAGGUCCGCGUGCCGUCAUUUAUGGCGCUGCUGUUCUGAUCAUCACACUUUCUUUAGAUUACAACAAACAUCUCCUGCGUCUGCAGACAUUUUUGCUAUAGGUUCAAGACUGAGAAAUAGUGGCCGAGGUUCGAGGCCGCGCCCUCCGCCCACGUUUACACGAACGCCCUCGCGACGUAUCGCUCGUCCACAAAAUUCGUAUUCCUCACUACAUGAUGUACCAAAGUUAGAAGACUUGAGAAUAAAAGACUGUCCUGAAAUGAAACAACCUACCUCAGUUCACCGGCCUAAUUCGUUAAGUGGUGAAGUAGCUCCUAUCGUGGCACCUAGUGGUCCAGGUGGGUCGCCACGAUCGACUCGAUCAGCCCCUACUAGGCGUGGACUCUACUCUGCAUCACCAACAGCAAACAGGCCUCCACCCGUACCUCGACAUCGAUCGGCGUCCGUAGACUCACAGAGCUCAAACGAUUCACGGUCGAAUCGAAAACACAGGCACCGGUCUCGAAGACAGCAGUCCGAUGCCGAAAGCGAGCUGUCCCGUGGUUCAGGUCGCUCUGGACGUCGACACCGACGACAUCGCUCAAGACACAAGCAUGAGUCGGGCUCAGAGAGAGACGACUCCCAACCUGACAAUAAGGAAUAUGAGCUGGUCGAUUCUGAGUCCCAAUGGAAGGAGGUAUUAAGACAAACAACGGCAGGCGGUAGCGUUCAAGUGGCAAGUGUUCGUCGGUCCCAAAUGGAGCCAGAGAUUGGUACGCAUCGAUCGUCUCAUAGACCGCGAAGACAUAAGAAACAUAGAUCACGGUCUCGUUCACCGAACGAAAAGAAGUGGCUACCGAAUGAACUGAAGCAACACCUCGAAUUCUCUCUAGUCGAUACUACAGGAAUGACUGAGGCACAGCUCAAAGAAAUACCGUACACCGUCGUACAAACAAGCCAUGCACGUCACACUAAACUACGAACGACGUCAAAGCAUAAACAGACUGAACACGGAUCACUUGCGAGACGAGAGAAGAGCUCUUCGUCUCACAAAAGUGACCAUGACAACCACAAUCAAGGAUCUCUCAGAUCGAGCUCAAGCACUCUCAGUACACACAGAACAAGCAAUGAGAAACAUGGGAGGCGUGUUUACCCAACAUUCGACGAACCCGUCGGACGAUCUGGGGAUGAUAUCUUAACGAAUAACGGGUAUAAAAGCACUGUCACGCCAGUUUCACACAACAACAACCCAUACAGUCCAGUUACCAAUAGCAAUAGCAAUAGUUCAAGCGGUGAAUUAAUAUCAGGAAGUGCAAGAGUGUCGCAUGAACACACUGAUUCUGGAUUAGGUGCUGAUCAGGACUAUGCUUAUUCUUCCGAGAGGUCGAGCGACAGCGCGAAGUGUGGCGCGGGCGGGUCUCAAGCGCCUGUGAGUAGGCAGUGGCGGGCGGGCGGCGGCGGGGGCGGGGUCGCGGGGGCCGUGGCGGGGCUGACGCGGCGGCCGCCGGCGGCACCUGGCCGGGCUCGGCUCACCGCGUCAGGCUCGCAGCGCUCGCUGCUCUCGGUCGCUAGCGAUAGCGCCACAGCCCGGCGCCCGCGCGACCUCGUGCCCCGCUGUUAUCCGAGUCCCGCGGAUGGUGGCUUUUCACUUUUCAGACAUGCUAGCAACAACAACAUAAUGGUGGGAGAGAGCGGAUCGCUGGCACGGCGGUAUAUGCGGCCAUCAAGAGAAUCGCGUGACUACAACGCAAACUUGGCGAGGACGCACACGCGACUCGCGCACCACGCGCAUCACGCGCACCAUGCGCACCAUGCGCACAUGCGACACGACAACACUCUCGACAUUAUCUUAAAACCUCUCAUAGAAAGCACGCAGUUACAGAGCAACUGAACACUACAAAACCUUCCAGUAGUUCUGACAGUAUGUUUCAAAAAGCCGGGGGGAAUGUAGGAAAAUCUCCAGCGGGGGCCGAGAUGAGCACCGAGCUAUGACCGGAGCAUACAAA